AUGGAGAGAGGAGACGGGACCGGGGCAGGGCACUCUGCGGCCUUCCAACCCGGUGUACAUGCGACAACAUGCGAUGGCUAUCAGAAAAGAAGCAACAAAAGCGGAGCAGGGCCGUGGCAAGUGGGCUCGACUGGGUUCAACAAAGAUCACCCAAGUAUUUCCAACGAGGUUGCCCAAACACUGCAGGUGCAAGGUCUCAGCAAGCAGGUUGCAGCGGAAGCGCUGGCGAACGCUGGCGAAUGCUGGCGAUGGCCGACGAAGGACCAAGCGUCUAGUCAAGAUCUAGGCCUUUUCAAAGCACUCCUACAGAAGGCAGAUGAUGAGAUCAGCAAGACGGUUGUGUCAGCAGAAGAGGCACCGACCUACCUCAAGGCCUUCAAAGACGCAGAUGCCGAGUGUUUGGUGUAUUUUGGCAGCACGUGCUGA